AUGGCCGACAUCACCGAUCAACACGACCAAACCUCGCCCACCGAGCUUGACGACGGGCAUUCCGUCGGCAACGGCAACCCCAACGUCGAGGCUCGCGGCAUCAAGCGCGCCCGCCCUAGCGCGGCCGACGACGAUGACGACGACGAUGACAAGGGCGGUCGCGAGCGCCGCAAAAUCGAGAUCAAGUUCAUCAGCGACAAGUCGCGUCGCCACAUCACUUUCUCGAAGCGCAAGGCCGGCAUCAUGAAGAAGGCCUAUGAACUGUCAGUCUUGACAGGUACCCAAGUCCUUCUUCUCGUCGUGUCCGAGACUGGCCUCGUCUACACCUUCACCACCCCGAAGCUGCAACCUCUCGUCACCAAGGCGGAAGGGAAGAACUUGAUUCAGGCCUGCCUGAACGCCCCUGAGCCUCCGGCCGGCGACAACGGUGUAGACGACGCCAAUGCCGUUGACUCUCCCGAGGAGCCCACAAGCGCACAUUUGCCCCCGCAGCAGAGCCGACCCGGUAUUCCUCAGGGCCACAUGCCUCCAAGCUACAUGCCCAACGUUGGGAUGGAUCCCCAGCAAGCGCUGGCCUAUGGCUACGUGCAGCCGCAACGGGGUGGCCAAUACAUGCCGCAAUCCGGCCUUCAGCAGCAUACCGGUCACCAGUCCUGA